ACCAUGUUGGUUAGUCAACUGCUCUUGACUGUCUACAUCUUCACGUUCCUAAUUGGACUCCCCGCCAACCUCCUUGCAUUCUGCACCUUCUGCCGAAAGAUUCAUCACAAGCCUGCCCCCAUUGACAUCCUUCUACUCAAUCUCACCAUCUCUGACCUCAUCUUCCUCUUCUUUCUACCCUUCAAGAUGAAAGAGGCCUCUAAUGACAUGAUUUGGACAAUGGAAGACUUCCUGUGUCCCCUCAGCAGCUUCUUGUUCUUCUCUACCAUUUACACCAGCACAUUUUUCCUGACGGCAGUUAGCUUCGAGCGCUACCUGGGUGUUGCGUUCCCAAUCCAAUAUGCCUUGUACCGUCGACCGCGAUACGCUGUAAUUGCAAGCAUCUUUUUCUGGCUCGUGGGAACUCUGAACCUCAGUAUUGUCUACAUUAUACCAUCUUUGCCUUCCAGCAGUGAUGACAAUGAGAAUGACCGAGGUCUGAACAACAGUGUGAUGGAGUCUUCAGCAAAAAGGUGCUACGACAACUUUACCGAAGAGCAGAUGAAUAUUCUGCUCCCGGUCCGUUUGGAGCUCUUCCUGGUGCUCUUCUGCAUCCCUUUCCUCAUCUGCUGCUUCUGCUACAUCAACUUCAUACGGGUCUUGUCAGGCUUGCCCCACAUUGGCCGGCGUCGCAGGCUGCGGGCCAUCGGGCUAGCUGUGGUUACUCUGGUAGUCUUUGCUGUAUGUUUUGGGCCCUACAACACCUCACAUGUGGUAGGUUUCAUCCGUGAUGAGAAUGAAGAGUGGCGGCAGUUGGCUUUGAUCUCCAGCACCCUCAAUGCCUGCCUGGAUCCUAUUAUCUUCUACUUCUCGUCGUCAGCAGUACGGAGCGCACUCAGCGGCCUCACGAAAGGACUCCGGGAGAAGGUUCAUGUCCUGAACUGUUGGAAGCUUCAGUGUUGCCCCCUGCUGGUUCCCAAGACUGAGAAAUACAGAGAAACAUCUCCUCCUGAUGACCUGAGAGGCAUUUAGUACCACUGGAAAUGCUAUAUGUUCAGGAACUGUCACAGACACCAACCUCAUAAUAAUUAUGUUAUUAGCAUUAUAGCUAUUAUUAUUUCAAGACAGGUCAUUCAGCUUUGUUUCAUGUUUCUCAGACUCUGUUUACAUCCCCCAUUGUUCCGUCUAUGGUGGAAUCCCAAGCGGCUCCCUAACUCCCUUUGUAAUAGACGAUGUAGGUUAUGAAAUAUCGGCCAAUGUCCAAAUCAUGAAAUGUUGAAUAGAAAGCCAUUUAUAUGCGGUCAUAAGUUCUAUAAGUCCUACUUUUCAGCUAACAUUUGGUGCACUAUUGUGGUGUACAGGCCAUUUUAUGACCUAUGCA